UUUCGCAUGCGGUUUAUUUUACAAUUGAUGACAAUUGGCGUACAACGUGACAAGGAGACAUUAUAAUUACCUAGACGCAAUUCAUUAUAAAACAUAAUAAAAUGUUUCAUCCCAAUAUAAUUUUGCUAGUGCUGUUAACUGCAAUAAAAGUAUGUCUGGUACAAGUAAGUAAUUAUAAUCCAUACAGUUUGUAUCUGCAAACUUCAAUGGUGGCGGAAACCACGGUGCAAACAAACAAGAAUUGUUUUUGUGUGCCAUACUGGCAAUGCAAAGAAGACUUUGUUGGUUUAGUUGAUGAUGGUGCUGAUAUCAUGGAUAUAAGAGUUUACGAGGAAGAAACACAAGAAGAUGAAAGUGAAGAAUGCACAGGAGACUUUGAUGUCUGUUGUCAAGUGCAAUGCGGAAAGUUAGGCAGCAUUAGCAAUUCUUCCCUGAUCGGUGACACAUUAGCAUAUAGAAUAGUAAGUGACGGUGCAAAUCCAUCAAACGCAGCCAACUUCGGUGAGUUUCCCUGGAUGUUGGGACUACUACAAAACCGUGCGUACAAAUGUGGCGCGUCUUUAAUUCAUCCUAAGGUAGCCAUCACUGCAGCGCAUUGUGUAGCUCAAGGCGGCGUAUUCAAAGUACGCGCAGGUGAAUUCGAUUGGGCGAAUCAACAAGAACCAUUACCUCAUCAAGAUAGAUUAACACAAAAGAUUAUAAUUCAUCCUCAUUAUCAUCCGCCAUCUUUAAGUAAUGACAUCGCUCUGCUUAUUUUGAAUCAAGAAUUCAAACUCACUGAAAACAUCGGCGUGGUUUGCCUCCCGCCGCAGGCCCCGAAAGGUUCCCAACCAACAAUAGAUAAAGCAUGUAUAGCAAGCGGAUGGGGCAAGAACUCUUAUCAAAAUGGCGCUUAUCAAACCACACUUAAAAAGGUUGAACUUCCGGUGGUUCCUCAACAACAAUGCCUGCACAGCCUACGCACAGCUCGCCUUGGACCACAUUUCCAGUUACAUCCGAGUUUCAUGUGUGCUGGUGGAAAGCACAACAAAGAUACGUGCAAAGGAGACGGUGGAAGUCCAUUGGUGUGUCCAGUGGACGAUUCCAAUGAGCACUUCGAACAAGUUGGCAUCGUCUCAUGGGGCCUAACGUGCGGGCUGCGUAACACACCAGGCGUGUACGUGAACGUUGCCAUGUUCAUCGAUUGGAUCGAUAAACAAUUAAUUUCGUUGAAUCUCGAUACAUUUAUCUACAAAUUAUGAAGAGGAUAAUCUCUGAAUAUCAGGAUUAAAGUAUUUUUUAUAUAUAAUGACGACGCACAGCAAGUCAUAUCUUACAAGAUUUUAUAUUAUUAUAGCACAUUCACAAUGUUCAUACUUUGGAAAUGUUUUCUUGUUUUCUUAUAUUAUUUUGAUGCCCAAGGAUGAUUCUUCAUGUCCUGUUAAUCAAAGGUGACACACAACUUGCGAGUUGUUGUUUCGACAAUGCACAACAUUGCCAAUUUACCUACGAUGAUGCACAAUUGCGACAAUAAUGUGUAAUACUAAGAAACAACUGCAAACGCAGCGUGACUUUGCAAAAGUGUCUCCGCUUCAAACAUCCAGCAUCUUGUAUCGUCUUAAAAAUUGUAGUUAUUUGGACUGUCUCUUAAAAGGUACGACGCCUUCAUUCGAAAUUUCAAUGUCAAUGUGUAAACUAUGAAUCGUGUCAGUUUCUUUAUAUAUUUUAAUAACACUCGCCUAAUUUUAUACCGUGUGUAGUUCUAAUAAAACAGAAUUUAACAAA